AUGGCCGCCAGCAGACUGAGCAGACUCUGCAAGCGUUCUCUCUCCGUAUUCAACCCAUCCAGCCAACUGUGGUUACCAAUAGUAUCUUCGAGAUGCGCACCGAGCCAAGGGAAAGCGCAGCCUGCUCUCCAAUCCAGCCUAUCUCUCAUAACACAAAACCUCGACGCCUUCUCCUCACGUCCCAUCGCAAGGGCCGAACAACUCCUUGGUGGAAUCCUCAAGGAAUCCGAAGGUCCUCCUGACAUUAUCUUUCUCCAAGAAGUCAGGUCCGAUGUCCGCACCUCUAUUCUGAGCAAUCCGGAAGUCCGCGAAGCAUUCCUGGUCACGGACGCCGAGGACCUAACGUCGUUUAAGGGCGUACCCUUUGCGAACAUGACAUUGCUGUCGAGCAAGCGCUUUACCUUCAACUUGGAGUCGCAGAAGGACGGCAAUGGGGUCGAGCGAGGAGAGAAAUUCAUGCUGGGUCCCGUUUCGCGCAUCGAACUCCCCAGCAAGUAUGGGAGGUGUGCUCUUUCCGUGGACAUUAUCCCCGCUUCCACCCUGUCUACCCCAACCCUUGCCUAUUGUCUCAUCAACAUGGAGAUCCUUGCCAACCUCCUGCGUGAGCCUGGAUGCGGUGGUGGACUGAUCGCCGGAGACUUCAAUGCCAUUAGCCCCAAGGAUCAUACUCUCCUCGAUAAGAACGGACUGGUGGAUGCGUGGGUCGCGUUAUACGGAAAGCAAGGGCUUAAGGGAGCUACGUGGGGAGUAGGGGGGGAACGACAUGACGGUGGAAGGUUGGACAAGGUUGCGAUGUUGGGCGUAGAGGCGAAGGAUAUGGAGAUUCUGCGUCCUGGUCUGAUCGAGGUGCCCAAGCCCAGCAAGAAUUCCGACUUGAUCCCUUGCAGUGACCAUUGCGGGCUGAGACUCAGCUUUACCAUUUGA